CUUCCAAUUGAGGAUUUGAACAGCCUAACGUCCCAGUCACUCCCUGUCCUGCUGACGGCUGCGGUGCCAGAAUCCACAGAGGAUGUCCUUUUGAAAGGAUUUGCCGCGCUGGGGAUGGAGGAUGAGAGAAUUGAAACGGCACAGCAGUUCUUCUCCUGGUUUGCUCAGGUGCAAACACAGAUGGAUCAAGAUGAAGGUGCCAAGUAUAGACAGAUGAGGGAUUACUUGUCUGGCUUUCAGGAGCAGUGUGAUGCUAUCUUGAACGAUGUGAACAGUGCCCUUCAGCACCUGGAGUCACUGCAGAAACAGUAUCUUUUUGUGUCCACAAAGACAGGAACGCUGCAUGAGGCCUGUGAACAGCUUUUGAAAGAGCAGUCAGAACUUGUUGACCUGGCUGAAAACAUCCAGCAGAAACUUUCUUACUUUAACGAGCUGGAAAACAUCAACACUAAACUGAAUUCCCCUACGCUGUCUGUGAACAGUGAAGGAUUCAUUCCCAUGCUGGCUAAGCUUGAUGAUUGUAUUGCAUAUAUUUCAUCACAUCCAAAUUUUAAAGACUAUCCUGUAUAUUUGAUGAAGUUUAAACAAUGCCUUUCUAAAGCUAUGCACCUUAUCAAGACAUACACUGUGAAUACACUACAGAACCUCACAAGCCAGUUAAUGAAAAGGGAUCCUUCAGCUGUGCCAAAUUCUGACAAUGCCUUCACGCUGUUUUAUGUAAAAUUCAGAGCAGCUGCUCCCAAAGUGAGAACUCUAAUUGAACAAGUAGAGCAAAGAUCUGAAAAAAUGCCAGAGUAUCAACAAGUUCUCAAUGAAAUCCAUCAGUGUUACCUUGACCAGAGGGAGCUUUUGCUUGGUCCAAGUAUCACUAGCACUGUUACAGAAUUAACCAGUCAGAACAACAGAGAUCAUUGUGCUCUGGUACGAAGUGGUUGUGCCUUUAUGGUCCAUGUAUGCCAGGAUGAACACCAGCUUUACAACGAGUUCUUCACAAAACCAACACCAAAACUGGAUGAGCUCUUGGAGAAGUUGUGUCUUUCAUUGUAUGAUGUCCUGAGGCCAAUGAUCAUCCAUGUCAUUCACUUAGAGACGCUUUCUGAACUCUGUGGGAUUCUCAAAAAUGAGAUGCUUGAAGAUCAUGUGCAGAACAAUGCUGAACAACUGGGUGCAUUUGCAGCUGGUGUCAAGCAGAUGUUAGAAGAUGUACAAGAGCGUCUUGUCUACAGGACACAUAUUUACAUUCAGACUGACAUCACAGGCUACAAGCCUGCUCCGGGCGAUCUCGCGUAUCCUGACAAGCUGGAAAUGAUGGAGCAAAUUGCACAGAGUUUGAAGGAGGAACAGAAGAAGCUGCCAUCUGAAGCUUCGUUUUCAGAUGUCCGGCUAGAAGAUCCUGAGUCUUGCAGCUUAGUUAAAUCUGGUUCAGCUGAACCCCUUAAUCCCAGGCACCAGACCACGAUUUCACCAGCAGAUCUGCAUGGAAUGUGGUAUCCUACUGUCAGAAGGACUCUAGUGUGUCUCUCCAAACUCUACAGAUGUAUAGAUAGGGCAGUGUUUCAGGGAUUAUCGCAAGAGGCCUUAUCUGCCUGCAUCCAGUCGCUGCUGGGAGCUGCUGAUUCCAUCAGCAAAAACAAGACCCAAGUUGAUGGACAGCUUUUCUUAAUAAAACACCUUUUGAUUCUUCGUGAACAAAUUGCUCCUUUCCACACUGAUUUCACCAUUAAGGAAAUUUCCCUGGACCUUAAGAAAACUAGAGAUGCAGCUUUUAAAAUCCUGAAUCCUAAGACAGUUUCAAGAUUUUUUAGACUAAACAGCAACAACGCCUUGAUACAGUUCUUACUGGAGGGUACUCCUGAAAUCAGAGAACAUUAUAUCGACUCUAAGAAAGAUGUAGAUCGUCACCUGAAGUCAGCUUGUGAGCAGUUUAUUCAGCAGCAAACCAAACAGUUUAUCGAACAGCUGGAGGAGUUCAUGACAAAGGUAGCUGCUUUAAAAACAAUGGCCACUCAAGGAGGUCCCAAGUACAGCCUUUCACAGCAACCUUGGGCACAACCAGCAAAGAUCAACGAUCUGGUCUCUUCCACUUACAAGACAAUAAAGACAAAGCUGCCAUCAACAUUACGAAGCAUGUCCUUGUACUUGUCCAAUAAAGACACAGAAUUAAUUCUGUUUAAGCCAGUCAGGAAUAACAUUCAGCAGAUGUUCCAGAAACUCCAUGCUUUGUUAAAGGAAGAAUUUAGUAAUGAAGAUCUCCAGAUCAUAGCUUGUCCUUCCAUGGAACAGGUGAACUUACUGUUAUCCAUGUCUAAGUAGACCAGCAGUGAGGCUGCUUGAAAUAAGCUUCAGCCGAAUGCCAGGCAGUCAAGGGAACGCA